CAACCCACCACCCACUCCAUCCACUCCAUCCAUCCAAACAUCCAUCCACCAUGAGCGCGACGGAGCACGCCUCGUCAAAACGCAAGCGCAGCAGCGAUGGCGAACGCUCUUCCGCAGCUCCGGCCAAGUCAAAACGCAGCAAGGUGCCGCCCCCCACUCUCGCCGCAGCUCUCCCAGACCCCGACCCGGAGCCAAACACCGAGCCUGAGGCUGAACUCGAGUCCUCGGAUGACGAGGGGAGAGACAAAGAGGCGCGCAAGGAGACCAAGGAGGAGCGACGCAAGCGACGGGAGGAGCGCCGCAAGCGCAAGGAGGAGCGCCGCAAGCGUCGAGAGGCGCAGGCCGCGGAGCGCGAGUUGAAGCGUAAGCGGAAGAGCGAGGAGGGCAAGAAGAGCAAGAAACACAGACGCAGCGAGGCUCCCGAGGCAAACUUGAGCGUCGUGUCUGAGUUUGAAAAGGUCGUCGAGCAGUAUAUGGAGACGCCCAAGAAGGAGAAGGAGAAAGAGAAGGAGAAGGAGAAGGAGAAGGAGAAGAAGAAGAAUGAGAAGGAGAAGGCGCCCGCUCCAGCCGCACCGGCUCCUUCAACCCCCGCCCUUCCCACCGAUGACCCAACUCCCGCUCCCACCGCGGACUCAAUUCCAGUCGCGUCAAGCUCGCGUGAGGCUUUGGCGUCGCCAGAACCUGAGCUCGAAACAGUGAAGCCCAGCAAGGCAAGAGCAAGCAAGGCUACUGCCGCAGCAAAGUCAAAGCAGCCCGCAGCCGAUGCCGCCGACUCUCGAGAAAUCCCCAAGCUUACGCGUCAACGCAAGAAGAAGGGCGAGGCAGUCGACGAUGACAUCGAGGACGAGGUGCUGCGCGAGAAGUUCAAGGACCCGGCAGUGGCGCAGGAGUUCCUCGCAUCGCGCUGGGUCGACAUCCCCGUCCUCCUCCGUUUGGAGAAGAAGGGCAUCAUCACAUGGAAGCGCGGCAAGUACACCGAGGCUGAGAAGGCUGCGGUGCGCCAGACUCUCGACACAUUUGCCCUCACACACAAGCUGUCCCACCAGAACAUUGUGGAUAUCAUCUUCGCCAAGGGUCGCAGCUCGGAGCGUAGCCGGUAUCCCGGAUUUUGGGCAGACGUUGCGGCGUCCGUGCCGGGGCGGCCGCUGCGGUACGUCAAGGAGGCCGUGCAGCGCAUGUACCAUCCCAACGCACACAAGGGCCCGUGGACGAAGGAGGAGGACGAGACGCUGAAGCGUGCAUACACAGAGAACCCGGGGCAGUGGGUCAAAAUCGGUGACGCCGUCGGACGGCCAUACACCGAUUGCCGCGAUCGUUACAAGAAGCAGAUCGAGGUGUCCAAGGACCGUAUCAGCGGUCGUUGGACCAAGGAGGAGGAGGCAGAGCUUACGGCGGCGGUCAAGAAGGUGGCUGAGGAUCUCGGGCGCUCCAUGUUGGACGGCGAUCUCCCAUGGCCAACAAUCGCGCAGCUGAUGAACGGCAACCGCUCGUUCCACCAGUGUCGCGUCAAGUGGCAAGAGAGCAUGGUGCCGCAGCUCACGGGCGAGGGGUACAAUGCCGCGUCAAAGCCCGUGCUCGAGGCAAUGAAGAAGUUCGGUUACGAGCACGAGAACGACAUUGUGUGGCGCGACGUGUCGAACUUUGCCAAGAGUCACUCUAAAGGUGCCCAGGCGACGUGGAAGCGCAUGCUCGCGACUAUCGGACCGGUCGAGGGCAAGACAUUCAAGGGUGAGCCGUUCAGAUUCCAACGCUGACAUCAGAAAUACUGGACAUCAUGGAGGAGAACAUGGACGCCAUCAUUGUGGCCGAGCAGGAGGCCAGCAUGCCGACGACAAGGAAGACCACGAAGAACGGGGGGCGUAGCCGU